AUGUCUUCUUCUCUUGAGCAGCUCAAGGCCUCUGGCACCGUUGUCGUCUGCGACUCUGGUGACUUUGCCACCAUUGCCAAGUACAAGCCCCAGGAUGCUACCACCAACCCCUCCUUGAUCUUGGCCGCUUCCAAGAAGGCUGAGUACGCCUCUCUCAUCGACUCUGCCGUUGCCUACGGCAAGACUAAGGGCUCUACUAUUGAUGAAAAGGUCACUGCCACCCUUGACCGUCUCCUCGUCGAGUUCGGCAAGAAGAUCCUCGAGAUCGUCCCCGGCAAGGUCUCCACUGAGGUCGAUGCUAAGCUCUCCUUCGACACCCAAGGUUCCGUUAACAAGGCCCUCGAGAUCAUCAAGCUCUACGAGGAGGUCGGCAUCUCCAAGGACCGUGUCCUCAUUAAGAUCGCCUCCACCUGGGAGGGUAUCCAGGCUGCCCACAUCCUGCAGUCCCAGCACAAGAUCAACUGCAACCUGACCCUCAUGUUCUCUCUGGUCCAGGCCAUUGCCGCCGCUGAGGCCGGUGCCUUCUUGAUCUCUCCCUUCGUUGGUCGCAUUCUUGACUGGUACAAGGCCGCCGAGAAGCGCGACUUCACCCCCCAGGAGGACCCCGGUGUCAAGUCUGUUGGUGACAUCUUCAACUACUACAAGAAGCACGGCUACAACACCAUUGUUAUGGGAGCUUCUUUCCGUAACACCGGCGAGAUCACCGAGCUUGCUGGCUGUGACUACCUAACCAUCUCCCCCAGCCUGCUUGAGGAGCUUUACAACUCCACCGCUGCCGUCCCCAAGAAGUUGGAUGCCGCCAGCGCUGCCAGCCUCAACAUCCCCAAGCGCGCUUACCUCUCCAACGAGCCUGAGUUCCGCUUCGACUUCAACGAGGAAAUCAUGGCCGUACAGAAACUCCGAGAUGGAAUUUCAGCCUUCGCGGCUGAUACCGAAACCCUCAAGGCUGUUUUGAAGUCCAAGAUUGAGGCUUAG